AUGCUGCUUCUCAGGAAGAAGGAGUUGGCCUGCCACUCCUCUGCACUUCAGCUCUCGCCAGCUUUCCUUCUUGUAGACUCUGGCGUGCGACGCGCAAGGGUUGGAAUUGUGUUUGAAGGGAUUCCUGUGCAGACGCUGAGGCUUCAAGCCUGGGCAAAGCGAGCCUUCGGCAGCGACAGCGACGAAAUUCUGAGAGGCGAUCGGCGGCUCGUCCUGGUCCUGGACGGCCUGGACGAAGCCGCCAUCGCCCGCCGGCGGAUACUCGAUUGGCUCCGGCAGUGGCUGCAGGCAAGCGGCCACCGAUGCGUAUGCACCAUCAUCGCCUCUCGGCCGUCCGGCACCAACCAGGUGCUGGCCAGCGAUGGCAGCGCUCGCGAGCCGGCGGCAUCCGUGGUCCUCGGCCAGUUCUCCGAGACGUCGCUGCUGACCCAGGAGCCGCUGCCGGUCUCCUCCCAUGUUCGGCUGAACGACGGCACGGGGCAGAGCCUGGGAGCUGGCACCGUCCGCUCCUGCGAAGAGGGCUUUCUGCUUUUGAAGAAGGAGGUGAACGGCCUAGAGCCCGGGGUGCACUCCCUGAAGGUGCGCCGGAAGGGUCCGGAGAUUGUCUUCUCUGCCGCGGUGUCCCUGGACUACGCCGAGCGCUCCAGUGCCCAGGUGAUCCUGGAGCGGGCCUUCCGCACGGCCGGCGGCGAUCUGGAGAAGCGUUUUGGUCAUCGCGUGGUGGCGCGCCGGGCCGACGGCGAAGUCUGGGAGGAGUCCAAGCCCAUCCUCUGCGGCACGAUGCUAAAGUGGCCCAGAGGCGCCUUUCCCUGCCGCGCCUUCUUGAAGACCCGCGAAGUCGCGGCCGACGACCGUAACGUCGAAGACGUGCAAGUGAGCUUCCGUGAGACGUCGGCCGGGAUCUUCCUGGAGGGUGACCUGGAGCCAGGCGACGAGGUCGAGCUCGGGAGCGACGGGCCACAGAGAGAACUCCUGCCUCUCGACCGUUGCUUCCGGGUGGUCCUGGAGGCGGAGGUCCCACGCUGCCCGGCGAGUCUGGCCGAGAUGACGGUGCAGGAUGAGCUGCUCGGCUUCGCCCCGCUGGAGAUCCUGCCGCUCAGUCCUCCCGUGGCCUCAAGGCUCGGCGAGGUGGCGGGAAAUCUUCGAAGCACGGUGCUCUCGUUUUGCAGGAUCUCGAAGUUUGGCGAGGAGGAGCUGCGAGCACUCCCCGAAGCGGCGCCUCGACUCAGCAGAUCGUCAGGGAUGUGA